AUGACUGAAAUAUCUAAGACUGAUCAAUGUGUCAACUUCUUAAAGCUGUUAGCAAAUGAGAUUGGUCUUGGACAUAAUGUUUAUUAUCCAGCCAGUAAAUUAAAGCCGACAGUCGUUCUUUCACUUAUUGGAAGUGAUCCAAGUUUACCCUCAAUUUUAUUGAAUUCUCAUAUGGAUGUUGUACCUGUAUUCGAGGAAUUUUGGACACACAAACCUUUUGAUGCUGAUAUAGAUGAAGAAGGAAAGAUUUUUGCUCGUGGAUCUCAAGAUAUGAAAUGUUGUGGCAUGCAAUAUCUUGGAGCAAUAAGAAAAUUAAAGCGUAACAAUGUCGACUUAAAAAGAUCAAUUCACAUAACUUUUGUGCCCGACGAAGAAAUAUUUGGACCCGAUGGAAUGAAAGCUUUUGUCAAUUCUGAAGAUUUUAAGGCACUCAAUGUUGGAUUCUUGCUGGAUGAAGGAAUUGCUUCAGAAACAAAUGUGUUCAAAGCAUUUUAUGGAGAAAGAACUUGUUGGCAGAUUGUCUUCAGAGUACACGGCCAACCUGGUCACGGAUCUCUAUUGUUACAAGACACUGCUGGUGAAAGUAUGCAUAUAUUGCUGAAAAAGAUCUACGAUUUCCGAAAAAGUCAGGAGAAGUUACUAGAAGACAAUCCAGAUUUGGAACUAGGUAAUGUGACAUCAAUCAACGUGACUAAAAUGAGUGGCGGAAAGCAAAGAAAUGUCUUGCCAGCAUUCAUUGAAAUAACAGUCGAUAUAAGAAUGGCAUUAGACGUAGAUUUAAAUGAAUUUGAAGCUAUGAUCACUGACUGGACAAAAGCAUGCAAGCGUAAAGUCGAUAUCGAAUUUCCCACCAAAGAACCUUAUUGUGCACCAACAAAAGUAGACGAAACCAAUAUUUACUGGACUGGUAUUAAACAAGCUUUAGACGAAAUGAAACUGGAAGUUAAGCCUUUAGUAUUCGUAGCUGGAACCGAUGCAGCAUAUAUUCGUGCGAAAGGAAUUCCAGCUAUUGGAUUCUCACCAAUGAACAACACUCCAGUCUUACUACAUGAUCAUGAUGAAUUUUUACAGGCUGAUGUCUAUCUCAAAGGAAUCGACAUUUAUGAAAAUAUUUUGUCCAAAAUUUGCAACGUCUAA